UCGUCCAUGCUGGUAAUUUUGUAUGAAAAUAAAAUUCGUCUGCAAAAAUCAAUGUAGAUUUAUCAAUGCCGUGUGAUCCUGAAUUUGCAACAUGUGAUCAUAUUCUCCUCAAGUCAAUAGAGUUUCUCGGAUCACUUUAUUGAAAGAAACGAGACGAGAUAUGAAAUAUCGCAAUUGACAAGUGCGCUAGUGACGCUCUCACCAUCAUGGGAAAGUUCACCGCAACAAGCGUUGCAUGUCGAUAAGAAGCUAUCAGAAAUUUGCUCCUAUAAAAAUUCGUAGUUGCCCACUCUUCUCGUUCUGGUUCAAGGUGAGGCUUUAGUUAAUGAUGGUUCGUAAAGGAAUUUGGGAAAUGUUUACUGUCCGAAACCGUUUAGUUCUGAAAUAUAUAACGAGCUGCACGUUGAAUAUUAUCUUGAUAUUCGAAUCUUGGGAAUGCCAAUUCAGAUGCAGCCAUAGUCCAUUCAUGGUUUUAUUUUUUUUUUAUUCUCUACGUGCUAGUCCAAAGUGAAUAAAAAUUUAUUUAGCUUCAUGUUGUUCCACACUUGAGUAUAAUGAUUUGUGGAUUUAGUUAUGCACCAGGAAGAUUCACGUCUUGCUUAAAUUUAUGCAUGCCCCCUAAGAGCAAGCCAUUUAUUCUGCUACUGCAGUGCGUUUCAUCAAUGGUUUUGCCGCCUUAAAGUAGUCAAAAUUUCCAUGGCUUUUUAAAAUAUAGAUUUUUUCUCUCAAAGCGUAUUCCUAAAAAAUUAAAGAUUAGAUGCAACUUCGUUGCCAUGCUAUAAAUAUCUGAUAUUCCUCAAAGUAAAACAAAUCUAGUUUUCCCUCUGAAUGUCAGGUUGGAUGGGAGUGAGCUCGCCAUGGAAAACCAUGUGAACAUUCAAUUUGCUGCAACUGCGCUCCUCUUGCUUAUACUGAUUGCUCGCUUUGGUGCUGGCCAAUAUCAAGACUACGCUUACAAGUAUGCGCCGAGACUGCGCUUCGAUUCUGUGGAGGGGUCAGGUGAUCGCUGCUUCCCCCAGUCAGCGGAGUCGUAUUAUGAAGCCCGCAAAUCCGGCAACACUGACCGACUAUGCAACCUGGACUACGACACAGUUGCGGCCGGUAGCGUGCCUACUUACUGGCAUGCUGAAGUGUGCGGGUAUCAUCUGCACAUCGCCUACUGGAACUUCUACGGCUACAACCAUGACUGCGAUUGCUGCAGCGGCGAGCGAGACGCCUGGUUCGAGAGCCUCGUUGUCAAGAUCCGAGACUACAGCUUGGACGAGCGCCUGCACGAGGUUCGCUUCAGCCAGAAGAAAGGCUGGUACACGCGCGUGCCUGGCCACUACGAGCUGGUGAGCGACACGCACCCUGUCGCCUAUGUCGGCAAGACCCAGCAUGGUUACUACCAUGACGAUGGUGGUACUGGGACCUGCUGCUACUAUGAAGACUAUCGCAACCCGUCGGAUGUUGACCAACACAUGGACACGUGGAGCAACCUGGUCCGUUUUGACAACAGCAGCGCAUGGAUGACGGACCCAACGACCGACGUGUGGAACGGCAUCAAUUCCCCGCCCUUCAGGGACGACUGGGAUCUCUGCGCCCUCAACGGCUGCACGGGCGGAUAUCUUUGGGGAUGUUCGACCUGCGGGUGUCACAAGAGUGACAUCGGUGAAGAUCCUUUCUAGGUGAAAGAAGCACUGCUUCAAGAUACAUUUAUAUAGGAGUGCUGGGAAUUACAGGAUUACUAAUC